CAAACACGCUAUGACCAUUUGAAAAUAAUAAUUGGAUAAUUGGAUAAACCUUCCUUUGCAGAACGUCUGCGCCUAUCUAUUCUCUCCCCUGCACUUUUUACUUCCCCUUUUCUCCCUUUUCUUGCUUGUCUGCUUGCAGCUACAAAAGUCUAACCAAUCGCACUCCCCUUCGACUUCCUGAAUAAACUCUUAUCCAUUUACCUCGAUUUUCGCAACGAUUCCUUUACCCGAGCGGAUUUAGCCCAGCGAAUCCCUGUAAAAUUAUCGCAAAAAAAACCCUUAAAACGCGAUGAGAAGGCAGCCACAGAAUGAGCAGCAGGACUACGGAUCAAAGAUGUUACGCGACCUAUCUUCCCUGGUCCUGAACAUCAUACGGUCCCCGGCCCCGCCGUUUGAUUUCUCCGACGAGUUCCCGGCGGCGCAACUCCGGGUGAGGCCCGUGCCGUCAUUCCAGCAGAUCACGCCGGCGGGCUUCGCCUCCUUGCUGCUCGGGAUUUCCCUUACUCUGAUGCUGUGUGGAUCUGUCACCUUCUUUAUUGGGUUUGUUAUGAUGCCCUGGGUUCUUGGCCUCGUCUUGCUCUUGUACGUUGUAGGAGUGGUUUCGAGCAUCACCAUGAUUGGGAAAGCUCUUUUGUGUUGUGAUUCUCCUCCUCCCUCGCCUAGAAAAAGCGCUGCCUAUGUGAACUCCGAGAAAGAUAGUGAUGAGAGCAAAGUAGAUGAUGGCGUGGACCAAAAUGGAAAGCCCGCUAGUCUGCAUAUUCCCCAACUCCGACCCAGUAACUGGAAAAGGAGCCCCGGGGACAACAUCACCGGACCCCAAUCACCCAUAUCUCCUUCAAAUUUAACUAUCUGGUACUACACCAUGAACGCUCACAAUCCUCAUGAUCAGGCGACGCAAAAACAACCCGGUUCUUCAAUUGUUGGUUGA